CGUCCCCGUCUCUAGUCGGCCAUUUUGACUUGAGAAAAAUGUCCUAAUCUUUUCUGCUCACAUUUUGAGGAUCUGAAAGGGACAGCAGUGCUGGACAGGGCUGCUGGAGGUGACAGCAUAGAAAUCUAUGAAUGUACAGCGAUGCCAACCAAAUAUCAGAUCUCCCCUCUGACACCUUAUAGGACAGGUCUGAUCAGAGAUCACUGCUGUUAGUCUGACACCCAGAAGUCUUACUGGCACUCUUUCUCUUUUCUCUGUAGGCUGCUGCAGUCAUGUUUUGGAAGUUCGACCUGCACAACAACUCUCAGGUUGAGAAGCUUUUGGAAAAGGAGGAUGUGACCCUGCAAGAGCUUCUGGAUGAAGACGAUGUGCUACAGGAGUGUAAGGCCCAGAAUCAACGCCUGCUCGUCUUCCUCACACAGGACAGCAGCAUGCUGGAGCUCAUCAAUCUCAUUACACAUGAGCCACCUACUGACCAGGAGGAGAAACUGCGCUACAAAUACGCUAAUACAGCAUGUGAACUGUUGACGUGCGAUGUGUCCCUCAUCAACGAUAGAAUGGGCGGAGACGAAUCUUUGCUCAACACACUCUAUAACUUCCUAGAGCAGACCCCGCCCAUGAACCCACUACUGGCCUCAUUCUUCAGUAAGACCAUCGGCAAUCUCAUCAGCCGCAAAACCGAACAGGUGAUCGGUUUCCUAAAGAAGAAGGAGGAUUUUCUCGGACAGGUGUUGAAACACAUGGACGCGUCAGCCAUGAUGGAUCUGGUGCUGCGUCUCAUCAGCAGUGUAGAGUCGGCUACUGUCAGACAGGAAGUACUCAGUUGGCUGAAUGAGGAAAAACUGAUUGAGAGGCUCAUUGAACUGAUUCAUCCUCAAUAUGAUGAUCAGAGGCAGUCAAACGCAUCUCAAGCCCUGUGUGACAUCAUCCGUCUGAGCAGAGAUCAGACCGGUCUAAUGCCGGACAACAAUGAGCUCGACCCUCUGCUCACAACACUAGAACUACAACAGAACGUGGAGGCUCUCCUGAAAAACAUGUUUGGAGGUGAGAGGAGUGAAGUCUGUAUCGUGUACGGGACGUUGGUGUUACUGACAUUGUUGGAAACUCGUAGACCAGGUAUAGAGCAGAUCAUUGACCCAUGUUCUCAGGGACUGGAGAAGUCUUACACUGUAAACAACAGCAUAUUAAUGGGAAUCCAACCACAACUAAAACUCUUCCACCAUCUUUUGUUAAACCCACCCAAGAAAUGUGUGAUGUUGACCACUAUGGGUGUCUUAGAGGAGCCAUUCGGCAACGCUCGACUGCAUGCGGUCAGACUUAUGGCUGCUCUGCUGUACACAAGAGCUCCCAGAAUUCACCACGAACUGUGUCGACUCAACAUGAUCAACCUGCUGCUGGACUUGUUUUUUAAAUUCUCCUGGAAUAACUUCUUACAUAUCCAAGUGGAGCACUGUAUCUCAGCCAUCCUUAACCCAACGACACUAAAUGGAAAACUGCCGGAUACUCCGGAUCAGACUGAGAAUCAGCUGGAAAAUUUGCACACGGAGACGCAAACCUCUGACGGAUGUGAUAUGUUCACACACUACGACCUGAUCAAACAUCUUAUAAAGGACUGCAGGCUGAUUCAGAGGAUCUUGGAUGCCUGGGAAGAAAAUGACAAAACGCAGGAAGCUGGAGGCAUGAGAAAGGGCUACAUGGGUCACCUGACCAGGAUUGCCAACACAGUGGUACAAAGUGCAGACAAAGAGCCGGAACAGACCCAAAUAACAGAGUUAAUAAAAGAGUUACCAGAGAACUAUAAAGAGCGCUGGGAACAUUUUGUGAAUGAUGCGCUAACAGAAACUAACAAGAAGAACGCAGCAGACCUGGUUUUCUCAGAUUAUCAGAUUCAACAGAUGACUGCAAACUUUGUUGAUCAGUUUGGAAUGAACGAUGAUGAAUUUGGAGAACAUGAUGGCACCAUCAGCGCCACAUUUGAUCGAAUUACAGAGAUAAACUUUAACCUGGUGGAUGAGGGGGCAAGCUCUGCCAUGUUUGAAACUCGUGCAAAGGAGAGAAUUCGCCAGUUUGAUGAGGAGGAGGAGGAAGAUAUUUGGGAAGAUAAAGAAAUCAACUAUGCAACGCGCAAACAAGUUAAAGCACGAAGCAGGUUUGGAUUGAUGACCAGUGAUCAGAAGAGUGAAGCUGAUGGUGGCUCUCAUAGGCAUUUGGGGUCACCUGACUUGGAGUGGUAUCCAGAAUCAAAACAAACUCCAGAGAAUGCCAAAAAUCUGGACAUGGACAAGCAAUGCGGUGGUCCUCAAAGUUCGGGAUGGAUAGCGAGUUUUGAAGAUGACUUCAACUGCCGGGACUUUGCGAGUAUCGCCAUGGAUACGGGAUCCAGCGUGUGGGGCAGCACAACCAAUCAGCUCAGUGAGACGGAGGAGAAAGGAUGGGCGACGUUCGGUGACUUCCAGCCGUUCUGCUGUUCAGAUACAGGACCCAGAUGCAGUUCACCGGUGGACUCGCAAAAUCCAGGCAAACAGAGCCAGAACGAUGAAGUCAAAGGUUCAGCGUGUGUGUGGAGCGUGUGUGGAUCGAGGAAGGCUCCGCUCGUGGCGUCAGAUAGCAGCUCCAGUGAUACAGACAGUGAGGAAGAGGAGGAGAAAACCAACACCAUCGAAACGGUCGCCAUCGGCAAAGCCAAGGAUGCAGUUAAACUCGGUGGGGACGCAAAGAAUGAGAAAGUAUUCAGCAGAAAAAAUAACAGUCUACAUAUGGUCCCAUCUGCUGAGGUCAAACCGUACCUGAAGGAUCACUACUUAUCUAAACGCAUCACUGACGUCAAUCUUCUGUCUCUUUCUGCUCUUCCACAUGGACUCGACCAGCAGGAGUGGAUUGCAACAAACACUGUUUCGUUCUUUCACAACACAACCAUCAUCCUCGGCGCACUGUCGGAUUUCUGCUCAACGACAACAUGUCCAGCAACCAAAGGCCCCAGAAACAUUCUGUAUGAAUGGACAGAUGAUCAGGGCAAGAAGAUGAAGUGUUUAGCACCCCAAUACAUCGACUACGCCAUGUGUUACAUCCAAGAGCUUCUCACAGAUGAGCGAGUCUUUCCCUCCAAAAGUGGUUUAUCAUUUCCUCCUGGAUUUCCAUUCCUGAUCCAGAAGGUCUUUGUAAUGCUCUUCCGUACUCUGGCUCAUAUGUUUAGUGCACAUUAUCAAGACAGCGUCACCAUGGAGUUACACCCUCAUCUCAACACCCUCAUGUUACACUUCAUCACCUUCAGCCACACAUUUAAACUCUUGGACCCUGCGGAGACGGCACCAAUCGAUGACCUCAUCGCUGUGCUCACGCGCUGAAUAAACACGCUGUUUAAAUCAAAGCUGAUGAUGUUAGGGAAUGCACUCCUGUAAUGUGUCAAUCAACUGCAUACUGGACUUUGAUUGGACCGUUCAGUAGUCUUUCCCGCCUAUUUCAGUGCCAACUGUGAACGUGAGUCAUUUUCUUUUGGACACCUGCCAUCCCGUCGUACUAGGGAAUCUACAUUGUUGCGCCUUGCAAAUUCCAAUCAAAUUCCUUAUCGACAUAUUUGUCUGCAACAAUGUUUAAAAGUAUGACAGCUAUUUCAUCUGGUACUACUGGAAAAAAACAUACUGUACUGUAUAACCGAAUGCAAUGCUUUGUGUCCAAAACAGACUUUUUGUCCAGACCAGACACAGCCAUUUACAUGUCACGCCUGGGAAAGAUAUGUUAAUAGUGAAAAUGUCACAUGGCAUGCUGUGGCACAACAGUUGCACUUGAAGCACAAAACAAAUGAUUCACGAAUCACUGACUCAAUGAAUCAUUCACAAAUCCCAUUUUACACAGACAUCACCUAUGUUGAUUCAGAAUAUAAUGAAGGAUUAAUGUAUAUAAAGUUAUAUGUAUUUAAGUAUCUACACUAGAAUAGUGACGUGGUUAUAUACAUCAAUAAUAUACUGUUGUUUGUCUCGUAUCGAUUGUCUCAUGUUGGUUAGUGUUGCAUAUAUCUUUGGGUCAGAAGGAUUUGUAUGGAAACGAGAUCCAAGACUUUCUUCUUUAUCCAAAAUGUAAAUGAAUGCUCAUGAAUGAAGAGCCCUUAGGAUAUCUGAAAUAUACACACACACUGUAUUUGCAGGAGUGAUCUGGUCUGACUGGUUCCCAUGAGGAAUAAGAUCUGUUGAAGGACAGACGCACACACAUAUGCAUGCACGCGCACACACAUUACACUGAAAAAAAUUAUUCAUUGAAUUUAAUCAAUUUUUUUAAGGUAUGUGGUUGCAAUCAAUUUAUUUAAGCUACAUUUAAACAAAAGUUUUAUAUUUUAUUUUACGUUACUAAUAGUGCUGGGCAAAGAUUAAUCGCGAUUAAUCGCAUACAAAAUACAAGUCUUUUUUUACAUAAUAUAUGUGUGUGUACUGUGUGUAAUUAUUAAGUAUAUUUAACCACACACACAUACAUAUAUUCAUUUCAGAAUUUUUUUAUUUAUAUAUAAUAAUAAAAAAUUAUGUAUCAUAUAGAAUAUAUUCAAAUAUGAAUUAAUAUAUAUACACAUGUAAAUGUUUCUUAAAUACAUACAUGAAUGUGUGUGUAUUAACAUAUAAAAAAUAAUUACACACAGCACACACUCAUAUAUUAUGCAAAAAAUCACUUUUAUUUUGUAUGCGAUUAAUCUUUGCCCAGCACUAGUUACUAAUCUUUUUUGUUUAAAUGUAGCUUAAAUAAAUUGAUUGCAACCACUUACCUUAAAAAAUUGAUUAAAUUCAAUGAAUAAUUUUUUUCAGUGUAGGUCUUUGUCCUGCAUUAAAAAGUAGCACGUUCAAGCUGAAAAUUAAUAUUUAUGUGCAAAGUAUUUUAGCAAGAAGUCAUUUGAAUAAAUUCAAAUAUAAGUCGUAUGAAAAACAGUCUGUAGUAGCAUGCAACAAUAAACAUUUCAAACUGUUACACUGUAAACACACGAGCUCAAUGUGUUAAAAUGUGUUGUUCCUGCAGGGGGCAGCAAAGCGUUUCUUUAGCCCCAACAACAACAAGCACACACUUCAACCAAAUGACAUGACGUCAAAGGCUGUUAAAACUGAAACCCUUUGAAACAGUGUUUAAAUAAGUAUCAGAAAUAAUGAAACAUCUCAUAAAUGUGCAGAUUUGGUUAAUAUAUCUUUCUGAAGGGAAUCUGAUGAUGCUUUGAGAAAGUAAAAUGAGUGAUCGUGUAGAGUUUUAGCAAAUCAUUUGACUGUAAUUCACAAACUUUUUCCAUCCUGCACUGUGAAUGUUAAUAUGGUGCAUUCAAUAAUAAAACACAUCGCUGUUUGU